AUCCGCUGAAUUCACCAACUGUCAAACUACAGCUGAUAAAUUUUGUUAUCUUUUCUGUUUAUGAAGCCAAAUUUUGUUUGAUAAUAAAUUUUUAUACUUUUUUUUUGUUUUCCUACAAAAUAAAAAUAUUCUUCAUUUUAAAAUAAACGCACAUUAAAAAAUAGCUUCCUAAUGAUUACCGACACACAGCUUCCCGAUGACAUUGUUGACCAUUUGGUCAUGCAAAUUGAAACAAAUAAUGAAAAAGUAGAAAUCACCUUUAAACCUGAAGAAACAAAUGAAACACAACAACUCAAUUCAAAAACUGAAAAUACUAGUUUGUCCCACGAGGAAAAACGCUAUAAAAAAAAGCGCAAAUAUGUUCCACUUCCUAAAGACCGUGAAUUCUAUGCCUCGGUCAUACCAUCUAUGACACCCGACGAUUUUCGUAUUCAUUUCCGCAUGACUCGCACUUGCCUUCAAUCCAUUAUGAAUCGGGUGGGAAAUAGAUGUAGAAUAUUUAGCAUGGAAAAGAAAUUCCUCUUCACAAUUUGGAUGCUAAGUACUCGCGAGAGUUUUGCGGCUGUGGGCACACGAUUUUGUCUUUCCAAAGGUGCCUCGCAUCAGUAUUUUUGUGAUAUCAUCGAUGGGUUGAUUGUUCUCUUCAAGGAGUAUGUCUCGUGGCCAGAUACAUUCGAACUCACGCAUAUUGAACAGGGUUUCAAGCCAAAGACCGGAGGCUAUGUGCCUGGAAUCGUUGGUGCCAUAAGUAGCUGCCAUUUACUUAUUAAAAAGCCAGCUCGAUAUUCAAUCUACUGCAACCCCAUGCAGUCACAUUCGAUAGUCCUUCAAGGUGUCUGCGAUCAUCAGAAAAUAUUCACAGACGUUUAUGUCGGCGCUCCUGGAUGUCUAAAUGCCGAAAGAGUUUAUAAAAAUAGUCCUUUGUCCAAGCAAAUCGACAAACUCAUACCAGAAGAUUUUCACAUUGUCGGUAACAUUUACUUCCCCCAAAAGCAGAACUUGGUAGUUCCGCUGUUGGAUUACGAAAUACUCAGCGAACCACAAAAACAAUUCAAUACACAUCUGUCAAAAGCGAAUUCGAUUAUUGAAGAAGCUUUCCAACUACUUUUGGGAAGAUUUCGGCGUUUAACGUUUUUGGAUACUUCAAAUCCAGAAAUGGCAAAUAGGAUGGUUAUUGCUUGCAUCAUUCUACAUAAUCACAUUCUCAUGACGGAUUUGGAUGAGGAUCCUCAACUGUUUCUCAAGGAACCCGUUGAGUGUUUUCUUAAUGUAGAUUAUGAAGGCAAUACAGCCAGUGAUGAUGAUGUACAGGGAAUUAUUAAGAGAAAUUAUCUUUUGUCUUUAUUUGAGUAUGUUUAAUGAGAUGAAAAUAAAAUUUUUAUAAAUAUG